UAUUACUACUGCAAUUGAACAAGAAGCACUUACUCUAUUAGAUGUUUUACUUUUAUUAAAUGGAAAAUCUUUAAAAGAUUUUUCAAAUAUGCCAAUUCCUCCUGAAAAUUCAUCAAAUACUUAUAACAAUGAAGAUGCUUUAAAUCAGCUAAUACAAGAAGAAAGAUCAUAUAAUAUCACAAAAUUAGAAAAUAAAUUAAACCAAAAUUUAUCUUUAUUAAAUGAUGACCAACAUGUGAUAUUUAAUGCUAUUACACAGACCAUUGAACAUGAAAAAAAAGAUAGGAACUAUCUAGUUGUCCCUGGUACUGAAAAUAAAAUAGAACUCCCUUUAGAUAUAGUUAUACUUGAUGAAAAAUUAUCAAAUCUUAUUGAUUUUCUCUUUCCAGAUUUUAUUCAACAAUCUACCAAUAUGGAUUAUCUAAUUGAAAGAACUAUAUUAACUUCAAAAAAUGAUAAUGCAAGUAAAAUUUCCUAUCUUAUAAUAGAUAAAUUUCCUGGAGAUAUUCAUACCUAUCUAAGCACAGAUUCUAUUGAUUCGCAGGAAGAUGAUGAUAUAAGACAAUCCCAUUUAUACCCACCCGAAUUUCCAAGAUCUUUGAAUAUUUCUAUUCUCCUUCCUGGUAGCACUGAUAUAAAUUCUAAUCUUUUUCAAACAAAUAACAUUGUAUAUCCUGAAGUAUUUUCAACAACUUAG